GAGGAGAUCCGCGGCUUGGUGGUGCCAGCAGACGCUGCCAGGCCUUUGGGUUUCGUGUAUUUCUGCGAUUUAGAGGAGGAGCCAACCUGGCGUGCAACAACCUUCGUGAUUCGUGUUCGUCGGGGCGGCUUCCUUGCAGCUCUUCCGCGAGACGAUCGGGUACACGACGCUCUGCAGCAGCUUUGCGAAGGAGAAGAGGAUACCGUCUUCUUUUCAGAGAGCAGUGUUGCUGGGGAGACCCCCCGGCGCCGACCGGUCGGGCCAGUGGAGAUCUUCUUGGCCGAUGUGCCUUGGCGGUUUCUGCCUUUCUUUCGGAAGGUGGUCGCCGGCCGGGGUUCGGGGCCGGAGCUUAUCCCUAUGAGUCAAGGUGGUACAACCGUCAGGCCCGUCAGGGGUGCUCUGCAAGCCGUGGUCGAUUCCUGGAUUGGUGGCAUCGUGGACGACCCGGCCUUGGGGGAGUAUGUCACGGCCGAGAGCCGGGCACCUUCAGCCGACGAGGAAGCAGAGGCUGCGGAGCCAACCGGCUUGGGACCUCCUGGCCUUGCGGCGUCGGUCGACGCGGGGCGUCUCGCCGCUCGGGUUCGCGAGUUGGAGCAGAUGAUGGCGAAUACAUCGGCAGGUUCGGCCCGUCCUCCAGAUCCUUUGCAAAGGGGCGGCGCAGGGAUGAGUUCGGCUCCUUUGGGUGGCCGGCGCACUCGAGGUCUCUUUGGCGACGAGGCACCGGAGGAUGGGACAGCGCUCACGGCGGAAGAUUGGGCUACCUUGCGAGCGGUGGCUGGUCCGGCCCCGGGCCGACUCGCUGGACACGAGCGAGCGCCCCGGCCCGAGGCCAUCGCGGACGAUGCAGAUUUGGCCGAGCUCGAGGCGGGCGUUCUCGAGGAUGGUGUGGCCGAAGGGCCGGAGAAAGUCCCGGCCAGCCUUCAUCGGCUGAUUCUGGCUCAGACUCAGGUGCUGGCGAAGCUUGCGCAGCCAAAGGCCACGGAUCCUUUGACGGCUGCCCUCAGCAACAUGACGAAGGAGGAGAGCUUCCUCGGGGCCAAGGGUUCGGCUGCUCGGGACGCCUUUGUUCGAGUGCUCGGGGACAACCGGGCCACGGCUGCCGCCGUGAGGCGUAUGGGGGCCGAGGCCAUGGGAGUGGAUGCGACCAACGUGCCCUCGAACCUCAUGCUGGACUACGUGGAACGCAAGAUGCCUGUGGGGGAUCAGAAGCUCCUGGCGCUGGUCGCGUCAUUCGCCGCUUCUGGGUGGCGCGCGGCACGGGACGAGGGCAAUGUGAGCCUGGAGAGCUGGAUGUCCAAGCUUCUGGUGUUCUGCGAUCAGUGCUCCGUCGAGGGCGGUCGCACCCAACUGCCCUGGCUGUUGACGGGUCUGAGCGACCCCAACUUCGCGGCCAUGAAUCGCCGGAGGCAAGGUAUCCGGCCGUUCGGCCGGUUGAUCCCAAGCGCUUGGAUGUCGGCGAAUUUGGCCUACGUCAAGGAGAUGGACUACCUCGGGUCUCGACUUUCGGGGGGAACUUCAACUUACGACACGGGGUUAAGCGACCCCCCUGCGCGCCCGCCACCGGUGGAGGAAGACCAGGCUGCACCAAAGAAACCGCCGAGGGCGCGCGGAGCCGUGCUCGAAUUCAGUUGUAAAUGUGUCUUCUGGUCCUCGCGGCUCGUCUUCCAGAUGUGCCGGUUGAUUUCCUUCAUUGGGUCGAUCGUUUUCUUCACCUUUCAGGGUCUGCUAGGCGUUGGCGAUGUUUGGCCUGUCCCGCCUCCGUGCCGAUGGACGGCCCAUUCGCAAGGCAAGCUCAAUCCGCGACGGUCAGCUGUCUUAACUGGCUUUCUCUUGGUUGCCCAACUGUACCUCCCCAGCACGCGUGUGUUGGCAGCGCUUGGGCGUUCUUGUGAAAAAUUCAACCUCUUGCUUGAGCUGAGUGCCGCGCUGCCGUUGCUGGAUUCUUCUGACCCUGUGAUUGCAGAUGCCCGCCUAGCCAAGCUGGUUGCCGAUUUGCAUUCUGGUUGGGACUCCUAUGCUCGUAGGUUCACGCCAGUCGCGGCGAGAUCCUACGCCUCGCGGGCAAAUGGGACGAACAUCAGGCGUGACGAGCUGCGAGGAGUUUACCUUGGAGCGGAAGCCGACGGCGAAACAGGCAUUGUGGGAGCGCCACGUUGCCGUGUUAUCGUGCUGAUGGUUCUGACGGCUCUCGUCGCGCGCAAAGGCGCAGCUUCGUCCUCGCUUCUCGCCUCCAUUUUGGGAUUGUGGGUCCACGUGCUUAUGUUUCGUCGACCAGUUCUUGCACUGCUAAAUCAAUCGUUUUUGGAUUCGAGGCGUGAGCCCGUUGAUCGUGUGAUGCCCUUGCAUCGAGACACGGUGAAUGAGCUUUUGGCUUUAUCAGUGCUUGGCCCUGCUCUGCAAACCGAUCUUCGUGUGUCAUACACUGAGAGACUCUUCGCGAUGGACGCGAGCCCCGACGGCGCGGGCUUGGUUGAGGCUCCUCUUCCCGAGUCGGUUGUCAAGGAACUUUGGCGGUUUUCAGAACAGCGUGGUUUUUACACUCGGUUGGCCAAUCCCGCUGCUGACUGCCUGGAGGGUUUGGGCAUUGAUUCGGCUCCGGCUUUCGGACACUCUGACGGCCCUGCUGCACCUCAGUGCUUCCCCGUAGGGCGACCUCUGGCCGAAGGCGUGCUGUACGACGCUCUGGAGCUCUUCUCGGAGACAGGUGAGUGGACUGCAGCUCACAAGGCGGCUGGGCUCAGGACUUUCCCCGGGCUGCUUGCUAGCGACGGCGGCGCCCCUCGGGUUGUUCUUGUCAGCGACUUUCACUCCGAGGCGGUUUUUCACGAGCUUCGCGCGCUCGCUUUGAGGCGGGUCGUUGGUGAGUGGCAUGCCACGCCGCCUGCGCGCUCCUUCCAGGCUUUGCAGCGCCCACGCCUGAGGUCCAAGCUUUUGCCUGCAGGCUGUGAGGCUGAGGUAAGUUCCGUGCGGCGCGACAACCGGUUGGCUCGCAGGAUUGCUUUUCUGCUGUGCCUUGUGGCGUUGAACGGAGGCUACUACUCGAUCGAGCAGCCUGGCUCUAGUGUGAUGUUCUACUUGCAGUGCUUCGUGCGGCUUGCCAGCCUCGGAGCCGUGCUGACUCGCUACUGUUGCUGCUCCUUCGGUGCUCCCUUCAAGCGACCGCGGCAGGUUCUGCACAACAAGGGCUGGCUCCUCGAGCUUGGCGGUCCCUGCACCUGCGCAGUUCAAGACCACUUUCGGGUGGAAGGCACUUUUUCUUCACAGAGUCUUGCGGCUUUUGAAGCCCGUUGCCUCCCUUCAAGCUUUGGAGUUUUUGGGGCGAGUCCUUCUGUUGGCGAAGCCGUUUCAAGCUUUGCGGCUCGGGCUCCGACUCGGUUGGUCCAGCGCAUGGCUUCCGGCAGCUUGUGGGCUCGUGACGGCUCAGUUCCAGUGCUUCCCUUGUCUGCCAAGCACUCCGCCCUGCAAACCCUUACCCUAGGCGGUUUAGUUCCCUUGCCCCCGGUUGCUGACGUGAGUUGCAAGCCUCGUCCUUUUCACGACGACCCUGAGUGGAUCGGGGAGCUCAGCGACUCUCUAGAGUUUCGGGAGCUCCUUAGGUAUAGGUUUAGGAAGGGUGGGCACAUAAACAUCCUUGAGACGCGCUGUUACAAGACCUGGUUGAAGUGGUGCUCGACGCGUCACCCGAACUCCAGACUCCUGGGUCUUAUCGACUCUCGAGUCCUUUUGGGGGCCUCCGCGAAAGGCCGGUCGAGCAGUCCCGCCUUGAGCCACGUCCUUCAAGGGAUCGUUCCGUACUUGCUUGGAGGCGGACUGUACCCCGGCGGCUUGCAUGUUUAUUCGGCCAAGAAUCGAAGCGACGGCCCUUCUCGUGGUCGUGCUGUUGCACCGCCCUCGAAGGAGCGACCUUUAUGGCUGGAGGACCUGAUGUCUGGGCGCUUCGAGCGUUUUGACAUUGCUGUUGCAAGCUCCGGGGUCCCGAAGCUCGCUGGGCGUUGGCUUCGGCUACUCUUGCUUCUUGGUGGCGACAUCGAGCCCAACCCCGGGCCCUCGGUGCCUCCUGUGCCUCGUGGCGCUCUCGACCUUGAGUCCGGCUUUGCAGCCUCCACGAAGCACAAGAUGUGUAAGGCCCUGGGAGCUUUUGUAGCUUGGUUAGAAAGUGAUCUUAGGUUUACUUUUGAACAGGCCAUGUCGUCCUCGCGUGCGGCCGCCCUUAGCUUAAGAGCUUUUGGUUUGCACUUGUUUUCCCAGGGUUACCCCAGGUACCUCUUGGUUUACGCCAUAACGGCCGUUCAGGAUGCUUUUCCGGAGUAUCGCUCGUGCCUCGCUCCGGCUUGGCAGGUGGACAAGAAGUGGCAAGCAGUUGAACCCGGGCAGUGCCGCCCUGUUAUCUCUCAGCCAAUCAUUCAGGCAGCGGUUACGCUCGCGCUGGUUUGGGGCUGGAGAGAUUGGGCUGCCGUUACCUUGAUCGGCUUCCUCUGCAUGCUUCACCCUUCGGAAAUUGUGCCUCUCGUACGGCAGGACCUGGUGCUUCCUUCGGAUGCCAUGUCCUCUGACUGCGUCGCUUAUGUUCAUGUGCGCAAUCCAAAGACUCAACGGUUCGCUAGACGACAGCACAGUCGACUUGAUGAUCCCUUGACCCUGCAAUACCUUAUCGCCCUCUACAAGGACCUUCCACUUGAUGCUCGCCUGUUUCGUGGUUCGAUGCAUGUGUAUCGCCGGCAGUGGAACGCCAUUAUGGCGCGCUUGGGUGUUCCUUACACUCAAGCCGAGCGCGGCGCCACUCCUGGAGUGUUGCGUGGCAGUGGGGCCACGUUUUUGUAUCUCGAAACAGAGGACAUAUCCCUGGUCGCUUGGCGUGGGCGCUGGAGCAAGGUUAAAACAAUCGAGUUCUACCUUCAAGAAGUUGCUGCUCAGCUUUUGCUCAUGCAGCUUUCGAGUUCGUCGCGCCGUCGCAUUUCGCUGCUCCGCCGAUUUGCGCGUAAGAUGGAGACGGAUGACCUUUGCCUUAGGUCCUUCCUACUUGGGGUUCUGCUGCAAGGCUCUUUCCAGCCAGACUGGCUUUUUCACUUCAGCGGCGACCGCCGCUUGGGACACUUGGCAGAAGCAGCGCAGCUUUCGGGCCCCGCCUUCCCGUCCCUUGCGGAUGACCUUUGCCUUAGGUCCUUCCUACUUGGGGUUCUGCUGCAAGGCUCUUUCCAGCCAGACUGGCUUUUUCACUUCAGCGGCGACCGCCGCUUGGGACACUUGGCAGAAGCAGGGGAGCCGCCCGAGAAGAAGCAGAAGACCCAUCCCGGCGAGCUCGAAGAAAAACGGGGCUCAGAGAUCUUGGUCGAGGAUGAAGUGGAAGCACCCGACACCAAAGUACGAUGUGGACAGCGCCACAUCCUGAUGCAGCAACUGAGACACAGUAAUCAGGCAGUGGUCCAGAGAUCCGGCUACGAGGACGAGUACCUCGACCAUGGAGGACGUAUCGAGCGACAUGUGUGGGCUUUGACCGUCUCCCGUAACAAGUGGCAAGACCCACCGCCAAGAGCUCACACGAUCCCGGCUCGCAUCUUCCGGCUAGGGAGAGAUUUGGAGACCUUGUCCGAGCUCUCCGAAGCACCAACGGACAAUGCGUCCGCCUGCGCUGUGCCAACGAGCUGUGCCAGCCCCGGGCAGGGUCCUGUGCAGGCUCAGGGCAAAGUUCCCUGUGUGUUCAUUGGUCGCGUCCAGGCCCAUGCCCUGAUUGAGGCGGUAGACACUCUCCUUCACGUCUUGAUACUGGGAUUCAGCUCUGGCCGGAUUAUGCGCUUGCAGUGGACCUUUGAGGCCAUUCUCAAUCUGCUCAAUAAUCUGCUGGGCGCAGGCUUGUUGGCGAUGCCGCGUGCCAUGGCCGAUGCUGGUCUGGUUUCGGGACUCUUCGUCAUGGGCCUCGUGGCCGUGGCAAACCGCCACACACUGCUGCAGGUUCUCUGGAUGAGUCAUUCAGUGCUUGGCUCCGAAAAGUGCUCGUACCCAGAACUGGGGAGGCACGUCUUUGGUCAGAAAGGUUUGAUCGCUGUGCUAAUUGGUUACGUCCUUUUCACGGGCGGGAUACUCUCCGCGUACCUCGUGGUUCUGGUUGAUCUGUUUCGCCAGCUCACAAGCUUGGCAGUGGCCCCACGCUUCGUGCUGGUGGCUGUGGCGGUAUUGGUCUGUUUGCCUGGUGCCUCCUUGAGGUCGCUUCGACACGUUGCCUUGGUGAGUGCAGUGUGCAUGCUCGGCGUGUGUUGCUUGGUCGUGAUCCUGACUUGCGUCUGUGUGGGUGACGUGCUGUCGCCGAACUUGGUGAAUGCUCCGGUGGAAGAUCCUGGGCGUCCAGGCGAUGUCGAUAUCCUGCGGGGCGACUUUCGGAGGCUCCUGUCAGGUGCAGCGCUUUUCUCCUUGCAGUUCUCGGUGCAGGCUGGGGGAAUCGAGGUGCUGAGCCAUCUUGGGCCGGAGGGCGAGCAGGAGGAUGAAGAAGUCGUUGCACCCCUCAUGGCGGCAGAGGACAUUUCCCAGAUCGCUUUCUUGAUCGCCCUAGUGUUCUCGGCGGUGACGGGAACCGCGGCGUACCUCCGUUUCGGGGACAAAGUGGCUGGCAACGUGCUGCUGGACUUCAGCCCAGUUGCCCCGUACCUCCCUUUGAUGCUAUCCUGGAUUUCAUACGGCUUCGUCGUGAUCUGCUCUUUUGCCUUCAUCAUGGUGCCGUGCCGGAGUGCUGCUGUAGACGUCUUCGCGCUGGGUCGUCGCAACGACAGUGGUGGCCCUGAGGCGCUCCCGAAG